GCGGGAGCCUACAGGGAAUAAUCGUCUCCUUGUCAAGGGUGCCGUUGAAAGCUUACUGGAACGUAGUUCACAUGUGCAACUUGCGGAUGGAUCCCUUAUUCCAAUAGAUGAACCCUGUAGGCAACUGCUGCUCUCAAGACACCUGGAAAUGAGUUCAAAGGGUCUGCGAUGCCUAGGGUUGGCAUACAAAGAUGAGUUGGGAGAGUUUUCAGACUACUAUUCUGAGAGGCAUCCUGCUCACAAGAAGUUACUUGAUCCAGCUUCUUACUCAUCCAUAGAAAGUGACUUGGUUUUUGUUGGGGUUGUUGGUCUUAGGGACCCUCCUCGUGAUGAAGUUAUAAAAGCAAUUGAGGAUUGUAGAGGAGCUGGGAUUAAAGUUAUGGUGAUUACUGGAGAUAACAAAUCCACAGCAGAAGCUAUCUGCAGGGAGAUCAAAUUGUUUGCUGAUGGUGAGGAUAUUGGAGGGAAAAGUUUUACCGGUAAAGAAUUCAUUGCUCUCUCCCCUUCAAAACAAGUUGAAACUUUAUCAAAACCUGGAGGGAAGGUUUUCUCUCGUGCCGAGCCUAAGCAUAAGCAAGAAAUUGUUAGGAUGCUCAAGGAGAUGGGGGAAAUUGUUGCAAUGACUGGAGAUGGUGUAAAUGAUGCACCUGCUCUAAAACUUGCUGACAUUGGAAUUGCCAUGGGCAUGACUGGGACAGAGGUAAUGUAGCUAUUAGGCAACCACUUUUGCAUAUGA